UAAAAAAGAAAAGGGAGGUGGGGGUAAAGCCUAUGAUGCGCCCAACGCGCUUAAACUAAUCAGAUCUUAUUUGAGCACUUUUAUUGAUAUUAUUGUUUCUGGAAUCAGAAAAAAAACCUGAGGAGCUAGAGCUUGAUGAUUUAGAUGGUCUUGAAGAUGAAUUAGAUGAAAAAGUUUUUCUUGAACAUCGCCAGAAAAGAAUUGCAGAGAUGAAAGCAUCAAUAAAAUUUAAUAAAUUUAGAGAGGUGUUAGAAAUUACUGGCAAAGAUCAUGUGCAAGAAGUAAACAGAGCAGGUGAAGGGAUUUGGGUUAUUUUGCAUCUAUACAAACAAGGGAUUCCACUUUCUUCCCUGAUAAAUGAACAUUUUCGAAAUUUAGCCAAUAAGUUUCCAAUGUUGAAGUUUGUGAAAAGCCUGGCAGGAUUGUGUAUAGCUAAUUAUCCAGAUCAAAAUUUGCCAACAAUAUUUGUGUACCACAAUGGAGAUCUCAAACAUCAAUUUAUUGGAGCCAAUUGCUUUGCCUCUGGAAUUAAACAAGAUGAACUAGAAUGGAUGCUUUCAGAAACUGGAGCUUUGAAAACAAAAAUCGAAAAGGACCCUCGACCAAAAAUCCCUGAUGCACUCUUCUCACACUUAAAUGGUGGAAAUACUCAAUCGAUAGAAAGUCGAGAUUAUAACGAUGAUUCAGAGUGAGAGUAAGUUGUGCUAUCAGUUUUACCUCCAGAUAAAGCAUUUUCUUGUGUGCCAAUUCUAAGGGCAUCAGCCUCUACUUGUUUGCGCAUAGAAAGAAACUUGAAAACGAAGAUAUUACACGAACUGCUAUGUGUAAUUAACUGAAAAUUUUUACCUUACGGAUCGAAGCCAAAGAUGGUCCAAAAUUCGCGCUAACCUUAAGAUGUCUAGCUAUCCAACCAGGAAGCGCUGAUAUAGAAUUUGGGCGGGAAUACCGGUGGUCAGCCAAUAUUAAUACAGCAUAAUCUUUGCUAUGCCGAAUUGCUCUUCCAAUAGAUUGAUUGACGGCCUUGAAACAUAAGGAUUCAUAAUAAAUUUGGCCAGGGGACCUGACUUCUCCUUCUGGUAAAAAGCUAGCCUGUAAAGAAAACAUUUUAUAGCUAAUGUAGCAAAUUACUAUUUCGAAAAUAUCGAAUAUCGGUCCUAUUUGCUGUGGCGCGCAAAAACAUUGCAAAUUCUUGUUUAGUGAGGAGUAUAUAACGUACCGUGUUGUUAUCUAAAUAAUCAAUUUUUUCCUUUAAUGUUGCUGCUUGACUGUUUGCGUAAGGAAGGCCAACUACAAUAACGCAUCUAGCCAGAUCGUCGCUGAAGUUGAUUCCCUCACUUAGCUUUCCACCUAUUACCAACAACAAAUUACAAACGUUACAUUUUUGUCUAGCCAGCAAGUUAAACCUGAAGGGCAACUACCAUUGUGCCUUACAACUGAAAAAAAUCUUACCCACAACACAGAGCAGCAUAGCUCCAUUCUUCCCGCAUUUGCUAGAUGGAUUUGUGAAUUGUCUAAUGGAUCGAGCGUAUUCCGACAGUACAUGUUCAACAUCUUUUGCUUCUUUUGGCUCCC